AUGAGAACAAUUUAUCAAUUUAUUUCAGAUUCAUAUGAAAAGAAUAAAGAGUCAGAUGCAAUCAUUCUACCUCAUCAUGAACAAGGAGAGACUGAAACAAAGUAUUGUAAUGUCUCUUAUACUCAAUUGAUUGCUGAUUCAAUUACAGUAUCAAACAAGUUGACAAACAGCGGUCUUGUAAAAGGUGAUGUUGUAUCAAUUGUAGCUAUCAAUGGUUACUCUAUUUUAUCUACCUUUUUUGGAGUAACAUUUGGUAAAUUUAUUGCAGCACCAUUAAAUUCAACCUAUACAGUUGAAGAAUUUAAAUUCUAUUUGGAGGAUAUGGGAGCCAAGUUGGUUUUCAUUCAAAGUGGAUUAAAGGCAGCUGUUGAUGCUGCAAAUGAAUUGGGAAUCAAGGUUUGGGAGUUGAAGGAAUUACCAAACUAUGAAACUCACAAGAUGACCUAUUCACUAGACGGUCAAGUCAUUGGUAAUGAUCAAUCAGUGACUUCAAUCCCUUUGGAAUCACAACCACAAGAAAAUGAUGUAGCUUUGUUCUUGCAUACCUCUGGUACUACCAGUAAGCCAAAGGGUGUACCAUUGAGACACAAAAACAUCGCCGUCUCCUCUUCCAACAUUGCCACCACUUUCCACCUCUCUCCACAACACAGAUCAAUGGUUGUCAUGCCACUCUUCCAUGUACAUGGUUUGAUUGGUGUUACCAUGUCUACCUUUUUCGCCGGUGGAUCGUUGGUUGUUCCACUUCGAUUCAGUGCAUCCACCUUUUGGUCAGAUGUCAAGCAAUUCAACGUCAACUGGUAUUCUGCCGUCCCAACCAUUCACCAAAUCCUCUUGUCCAUGGAAAAGAAUGAAACAGCAAGUCCACAUAAAGGAUUACUUCAUUUUAUUAGAAGUUGUUCUUCUUCACUUGCUCCAACUUUAUUUGAAUCUUUGGAAAAUUGUUUUGGUUGUCCAGUAGUUGAAUCAUAUGGUAUGACUGAAGCAUGUCAUCAAAUGUCAUCGAAUUUAUUACCAAUUGAUGGAAAGAGAAUUCCAGGAUCAGUUGGUAAGGGUACCAAUGUACAAGUUGGAACUGCCAAUGAUAAUGGAGACUUGCUCAAACAAGGAGAGGUUGGUGAGAUUUGUAUCAAGGGUGACAAUGUAUUUGAUGGUUAUCACAACAACCCAACUGCAACAGCAGAGAACUUUACAAAGGAUGGAUGGUUCUUGACUGGUGAUAUUGGUAGCAUCGAUGAAGAUGGAUUCAUUACAUUAAAGGGUCGUAAAAAGGAAAUCAUCAAUCGUGGUGGUGAAAAGAUCAGUCCACUCGAAGUAGACAAUGUCUUGUUGGAGAAUGAAUCAAUUGCCGAGGCUGUUUGCUUUGGUGUUCCAGAUACCAAGUAUGGUGAAGAAAUCUGGGCCGCAGUCAUUCCAAAACCAUCAUGUCCUGAAUUGACUGAAGAAGAUGUAAAGAAAUUCCUUGCCACCAAGAUUGUUGGUUUCAAAAUCCCCAAAAAGAUCUUUGUCACUCAACAUUUCCCAAAGACCUCUACAGGUAAAAUUCAACGUCGUAACAUUAGUUCUUAUUUCUUAAAUCUUAAAUAA